AUGGCGAAUAUCACGGAUCUGCCGGAAGACAUCCUCCUGGACGUGUUGUCUCUGGUCCCUGCGCGGGAAUUGGUUCGCAGCUGCCGGCUGGUUUGCGCGCUGUGGCGACACCUCGCCGACCUGGGCACUGUGUGGAAACGCAAAUGCAGACGGGAGCGCUAUGGCCUCAAUGCCCCGGAGAGGAACAUCCACGACUGGAAGACGUUCUACUUCCUCUGCAGCAUGAAGAGGAAUUUAAUCAGGAACCCUUGUGGCGAAGAGGGCUUCGGAUUCUGGGAUCCUGUGCAGAAUGAAAGGGAUGAGUGGAGAAUCGAGGAGCUACCCGGAGUCCACAAAAACCAUUUCCCCCAUCAGCAUGUCCGGAAAUACUUCGUCACGUCUCAACGGCCCAGCGUCAAAUCUCAGCUCAUCACCUUAAAGGGCGAAGGCUACUGGGACCAACUGAUGGAUGAGACCAAGCCCAACAUUGUAGUCAGAGACUGGUACCACACCAGGUUUCAUUGUGGCUGCCCGUGCCGUUACCAAGUGUGCGUGGAGCUGCUGUCUGAAAACCGCCGAGUCCUCCAGGAAUUUCGCCCCAAGGACGUGAUCGUAGAGCAGUGGACCGACGGCAGGUGGCACGAGGUUUCCUAUACUUUUCACCAAUAUCCCCCCGGGGUCCGCCACAUCUGCUUUAAACAUGGAGGUCAAGGCUGGUACGGGUUGAGACUCACCAACAGCAGUAUUGUCAUUGACCCAGAGACUGAUGGGCCGUGA